AAUAUAAGUCUACAACUUUUUAGGGUUAUGUCCUCUUGAAGAUUUUUGGGGACUCAUUAAGACGCCAUGGCUGUCUCACAAUGUCUGCAGGAGUGAAAGGGUCUGAUAACCCCACUUCAUCUUGUAUACAAGAGAGGAAGAAUGAUGAGAAGAUCCUAGGCCUCACUAGAAAGAUCAUUCAGCUUCUGACUAGAGAGAUUCCUAUAAGAUAUGAGGACAUCACAGUCUUUUUUACCAUGGAGGAGUGGGAGUAUGUAGAAGAACACAAGGAUCUGUAUGAGGACGUCCUGGUGGAGAAUACAAUUCACCUUAAAUAUAUAAGUGACCAUGAUAAUAAAAUCUUACAUAAUACAUCAUCAGAGAAGAUAAGUGACUCAAAGAUUGUACAUCAAGAUAGGAAUGGUGAGACUGAGAAGAUUCUGCAUCUCACUAAAGAAAUCAUUCAACUUCUGACUAAAGAGAAAUAUAUACUAAUUUGGAAUCAUGGUAAUCACACCACACCCAGUGGCACGGAUCGUGUGUCAGGAUUGAUCACAGAAUCAUCACCCCCAUCACUGAUGCAAGAGAAAAAGAAUGAUGGAAAAAUCCUGGAUCUUACCAACAGGAUCAUUGAGCUGCUGAAUGGAGAGACUUGGAUUAGAUAUGAAGACAUCAAUGUAUGCUUCUCCAUGGAGGAGUGGGAUUAUAUAGAACAACACAAGUAUCUCUAUAAGGGCAUCCUGAUGGAGAAUGAAAUGGUUGAGUCCUAUGAUACAUCAUGUUUCCUAGAUUUAAUAGAAGAAAUGCCACUCGAAUGUCUUCAACAUUCAGAGAGCUCUUGUGUAUUGACACACAACUCAUCAUACCAAGUGGGGAACUCAACAAAAUCUUGUCAUAAUCAACCAAAUAUUGGAAAACAUAAAUGUAAAAGUAACUACAGAGAACAAACACCAGUUAUUUGCUGUAAAUGUGAAAAACCUCUUAAAAGAACUGACAUUGGACACAUGGAGACUUCUGACUCUAGUGGAAGCAAAAAAUACUGCAGAAAAUGUCUAUUAGAUAAGAGAUGUAAGAACACACAAAAAAGGCGAUUUUCUUGUUUAGAGUGUAGUAGUUGUUUUUCAAACAAGAGUGCACUUGAUAUUCACCUGAGGAUACAUACUUUGUCAAAAAUCUUCACAUGUUCAGAAUGUGAUAAGAUUUUCACUAACAACACCUGCCUUGAGAGUCAUAUGAAAGUCCACACAGGAGAGAAGCCUUACAAAUGUUCAGAAUGUGGGAAAUAUUUUCUCAGUACUGGGAACCUUCAGGCCCAUUACAGAGUUCACACUGGUGAGAAACCCUUCCCUUGCUCAGAGUGUGACAAGACCUUCAGGUAUAAGUCACACCUUGUUGCCCAUCAAAGAUUUCAUACAGGACAAACACUGCCAUGUACCGAGUGUGGCAAACACUUCAUCUACCAGUCACAUCUUGUGAAACAUCUUCGAAUCCACACAGGGGAGAAACCCUAUAAGUGUCCAGAAUGUGGAAAAUGUUUUCAUCGAAGUUCCCAGCUCACUCACCAUGAGAUGAUCCACACAGGAGAAUCACGUUUUAAGUGUGAAGAAUGUGACAAGUGUUUUCGGUUCCCCUCUGACCUGUUUAGACAUCAGAAAACUCAUACUGGUGAGAAGCCAUACUGUUGUUCUGAAUGUGGAAAAAGUUUUACACGCAGCACAAGCCUAAAUGAACAUACAAUGCUCCAUACAGGGGAGAAGCCAUACUCUUGUCCAAAAUGUGGGAAACGUUUUCUAACGUAUAACUACAUGCUCAGGCAUCUAAAGACACAUAAUUCAAAAAAGAAAAAAAAGGCAUAAUCUAAAUGCUAAGAACAGCAAUCAGAUUAAAGCUAUUUGUACUCCUGGAAGAACAUAUUGCUGAGAUUGGUUCUUUAGCCAUGACCACUGUUUAUCUGCACUACAUUUUUAUAACCCAUAAUCUUUGAGUUACUGUGCA